AUGGAAGAUUUGUGUGGAUUGCUACUUCGGUUUAGGACAAAGAAGAUUGGAAUAAUCGCAGAUAUCGAGAAAGCUUUUCUACAAAUCGCAAUUCAAGAAAAUGAUCGUGAUGUAACUCGAUUUCUUUGGUUAAAGGACGUCAAGAAACCGGUUUCUGAUGAUAACUUGGAGACGUGGAGAUUUGUAAGAUUGCCUUUCGGAAUAAUGUCUAGUCCAUUCCUACUAGGUGCUACUAUUCAACAUCAUAUCGCGAACACAGAUGAGCCAGUAGCAGAAGAAAUAGAGGACAGUUUUUACGUUGACAAUAUGAUUUCCGGCACAGACAACGAAAAGGAAGCCAUUGACUUGUACCGAAAUGCAAAGGCCUUAUUUAAAGAUGCAUCGAUGAACUUGAGGGAAUGGUUGACAAACUCAGACGAAGUGAACAAGAAAACUAAACCUGAGGACCAAGUCAAGUCAAAGAUAACGAAGGUUCUUGGCUUAGUUUGGAACACAAACACUGAUGAAUUGUCGAUCUCUACAAAAAGAAUCAAUUCAGACAAACCUGGAACAACAAAACGCGAAGUAUUGGCUACAAUAACGUCGGUAUACGAUCUCUUGGGAAUGCUGACGCCUGGUACGAUCAAAAUAAAGAUAUUUCUUCAAGAACUAUAG